CGAAUUUUUUUUUUCUUUUUGUGGCUUAAAUUUGGCUUCAUAUUUAAUGCUGUUAUUCUUGUUUUACAGGUUACUGGCGCUGGUAGUGGCCUUGGUCGGGAAAUUGCCAUUGAAUUGGCCAAAAGAGGCUGUAAGUUGGCGAUUGUCGAUGUACAUUCGAAAGGUUGCUAUGAAACUGUUGACCUCAUUACCAAAACCAUGCCACGUUGCGUGGCUAAAGCGUAUAAAACCGAUGUGUCUUCUCCUAGGGAAUUGCAAUUAAUGGCUGUCAAGGUUGAAAAAGAAUUGGGUCCAGUGGAAAUUUUAGUCAACAAUGCAUCAUUAAUGCCAAUGACAUCUACACCACAAUUGAAAAGCGAUGAAAUCGAACGCAUUAUCACUGUAAAUUUGGGUUCAUAUAUUAUGACUACAAAAGAAUUCCUACCAAAGAUGGUGGCCAGAAAAUCAGGUCAUGUUGUUGCAGUUGCAGCAUUAUCUGGUCUAGUUCCCUUACCUGGAGCUGGCAUUUACAGCGCAACAAAGUAUGGAAUUAUGGGUUUCAUGGAGUCUUUGCGUGCAGAACUUCGACUUUCAGAUUCUGAUUAUGUACGCACAACAACCGCAAAUACGUAUCUGAUGAAAACCAGUGGCGAUUUGCACUUAUUAAACGAUGCUGGCAUAUCCAGCAGCUAUCCUGGUUUGCCCACAGUAUAUGUAGCGGAAAAAAUCGUUAAAGGUGUCAUGCUGAACCAUCGAAUGGUGUACGUGCCAAAAAUAUUCGCUCUAUCCGUCUGGAUACUGAGAUUAUUACCAACCAAAUGGCAGGAUUAUAUGCUGUUGAAGUUUUAUAAUUUCGAUGUGAGGAGUGCGCAUUUAUUCUAUUGGAAGUGAGUCGUGGUAUUGGAGCUGGAUUUUGUGUGACUGCCUCUCGUUCAAGUCAUUAAAAUCUGCUGAUUGUUUUUAAUUUUAAUUAUUUUUAAAUACUUUUUUUUUAUUUUAACGUUCAUGUUUUCAUCAAUGGUCAGCUUUUGUAUUAAAAUAUUGUUUAUAUUAUUUAUCAUAAUUUUGCAUAAUAAGUUUAAUAAUUAAAUGUCAUCAUGUAAACACACAAACAAAGAAAAUAAAAACAAAUUACAUUAAAU